AUGGAUUUCGCACGUAAACAGCUUGAAAAGUAUGGCUGGACUGACGGCAAAGGACUUGGUAAAUACGAAAAUGGCAUAUCUCAGGCGUUGAAACCGAAGCUAAAGCGAGGUGUUACAGGUAUAGGACAUGAUGCUGCAGCAGAAUUUACAGAACAUUGGUGGACUAAACUGUACAACACUGCAGCCAGUAAUGUUGAAGUCACAGAAAAAAACGGAAUAACAAAGAAAAUUAAAAGCAAAGAUGAUGAUUUUGAAAUAACCAAUUCCACAUGGUCUUAUAAAAAGAAAAAUAAAACAAAAUCAAAGGAAGAAUACACUAACUUCUUUGUAAAAACAUCCAUUCUAACUAAUGGAAGAGUAAAAACUGAAGAUUUAGAAGAAGCAGAGAAUGUAGAGGUUAACAAUGGGGAUGUUGUAAAACUGACAGAUGAAGAGUUAUUUGCAGCUUGUGAAGGAAGGACAGCACAUAAGGGUGCCCGUCAUGGAGUAAAAGCUUUGGGAAAAUUAGCAAGAAUUGAGAUGCAAGAACAAAUGUUGCUGCAACAAACAAAAUACAAUGGAUAUUCUAAAACAAAGAAACAUAAAGCUAAUAAUACAGUUGAAGAUGGAAUUAUAUUAAAUAAUAGUGAAGACAAAGACAAAAGACAGAAAAAGAAAACAAAGGAUGACUGUUCAAGUCAUACAGAGGUCAGUGGAUGCACAGAAAGAUUUAAACACAUAAAAGAUAAAUGGACAAACAGUACAACAUUAGAGGUAAAUCCGUACAAUACUGCAGAAAGUGGAGGCAUCAAAUGUGGAAAAAAGAAAAAUCAAUUACUCACACAUGACACUGAAACAAAUGUAGAAUGUACCCCAUUAGAAGUAAAGAAAAAGAAAAUAAAAAAGUGUAAGCUAAAAACAGAUAAACCGGAUGAUAAUGAAACAAUAAAUGUACAAGAAACACCUAUUAGAAAUAAUGAUGGUAAUAAUAUUGUAACAGUAGAGAAGCGAAAAAAAAGUGAUGUAAUGGAAUAUUUAAAUGUCGAUGUAAAGGCCAAGAAAAGUAAAAAAAAGUCUAAAUAA